GAAAAAGAAUUAUCACAGAAGAAGAAGAAGAAGAAGAAGAAGAAGGACGUGUUUUUCUUCCGGGUCUUCCUCGACCAGUCCACUGCGCAUGUUUGAUCGAGACCCUUUUUUUAUUAUUGUACCACGGGGACCUUCUGAAGGGGGUGUUUUUCUGUCCCCCGUGUUUCUUUGACCCCUCAGAUCUGGGGAAAUGUCCCGGCUCCAGGAUCCUGAAGGUUUCUUCAGACCUCGGUCCGGUUCGCAGAGAUCUGGGGAUGAAGAGGAUCUCCACAACCCAAGAAGACCACGGGAUGAUGUUUCAACUCCUGAAACCGAGCAGCAGAGAGCAGGUUCGUGUCUUCUCUAAAUGUGUUUCUGUGACCUGCAGAGAUCCUGUCCGCUCUGAGAUCCCACUAAAACCUGGUCCUGGUCUCUGGGUUUCAAACUCUUCCCUGGUCUUUGUGUGAAGAGAGAAAGAUCUGACUGUUCCAUGAGUUGAAUGUAUUUGUUUGUGAUGGGAAGGUGAGAGGUGAUGACCUGGUGUUCUGGAUUAAAAUGUGACCCUGUAGACUGCUGACUUUGAACCAUGCAGGUCUACAGACUCCAGGAAGACUCCUCUGGAGUUCAGGUGAGUGUAGGAGCUGACCGACUCCUUCUCCGCUGGCAAGGUGAGCAUCCAUAACCCUGAGGAGAAGUCUGCCGGGGAUCAGCACACUCAGCCCGGUCCCCCAUGAAGAGAUGGUUCCAGGUCUUUUCAGGGUGGUACUGACAGAACCGGACCACCAAACACUCACCGUACAGCCCACCUCAGCGCUCGCUAUUCGUCCGGAUGAGAGUGAACUUUCACACUUGUUGGUCUCAGUUUGGAUGUUCAUACGGAGUCACCGAGUGCUUCGUAUGAUUUUGGCGAAGUAUCCGAGGAUCAGUCAGACCACAGCCGUGGUUCCUGGGAGUUCGUUGUUAAAGGUGGUGUAGUCAGGAUCUGAGUUAGUUCCAGUUUUUAGGAGAAAUCUUGAAUGUAAACUCGACCCCUCCAACCAGUUUUCCCCUCAGCUCCUCCCCUCCCUCUCUUAAGCCCCGCCCACAAACAGACGCUCCUGCUCGCUCGUAUCGUUCCAGUUAAAUUCAGAUAUAAUGCAGAUAAAUACUUCAGAUCAUUACAAAUGGGGCCCAGUCAAGGUGACAGUCAAAAGCAUUGGUGCUACUGUAGAUGCCAACAGACUACCAGCAAACACAAUGUUUGCAGGACUUCUACAACGAGGAUAAAGUGACAUAGUCCAGGACCCGAGGGAGGACAGUUUAGCGAUGGCGCUACAACACGCUACAGCAGGUCCGUUUGACAAGAAACACUUCUGUUACAGACACUUGUCUUACUUUGUUAAAGCGGUUUACCUGUCCAGCAGAAAGGUUACAGGGUCACCAAGAUCCCCAAGCGUCCCCCAUGGUUUAUGUUGACCCGGCUUUUUAGCUCUUGUCCGGUCUACCUCCGUUUUAAGCGCCCGUUAUUCCUCCAGAGUCUCCGGUAUUUACUUUGUUUUCUUGCUUGUGUCGGCAGUCGUGGCCAAAGGAGGAUUCCGACAAUUUUCCGAACUUUCUGGUUGGUUUUUACUGUCCGAUAUUGUAGCACGCUAACUUUGUUUGGGCUCCUGAACGACACGGGGGAGCAGCGUCUGCCUCACAACCAAUCAGGUUAGAGGAGGUGGAGAACGGCUUUGUUUACAGUCAGAAAGAGCGGACCGCUCAAAAAUGUUCAAAUGUUGACGACACAGACAGAAGAGAACACAGAGAUAUCGAUAUAUUACCAAAUAAUCAAUAACUAAUAACUAUUGACUGAUAUUUAAAGGUUUUUGUAAAUAAAUCACAAAAUAAAAAGAUGCGUCUUUAACAGAUUCCUGCCGACUCCACCUUUAACUGAAUUUGAAGUUGUUGAGCAGCGUGGCGCUCAGAUGUGACUGUCAUAAAAAUACAGUCUAGACCUUUUUCCUUUUAUUUGUCAAACAUUUGAUGACUGAAAAUUGAUGUAAUUAUGAAAUCUAAAGUGGAACCUCUAAAACUACAUGAAUGGUACAAUUUGAUCAAGUUUGCUCAUUAACUCACAGCAUCCUCUUUGUCUCUUUACAUGUUCUCACGUUUCCAACUGAUGUCUGACAACUGUCGGUGUGUAAAGGAGGAGCACUUCUCCCAAGUCUGGACCAGAAGGAUGCCAAAGGUCCUCAAAUGAAGGAGGAAGAGGAGGAACUCUGGAGCAGUCAGGAGGGAGAGGAUGAUAUCAGCGAGUUUAUAUUCGCUCCUGUGUCUGUGAAGAGUGACGACGAUGAAGAGGAACUUUACUCCUCACAGUUUCAACAAAGUCCAACUGAGCUGAUGGAAACAGGAGCUGAUGGAUCAGACUGUGGGGGAUCAGAACCAGCUAGAGACUUUGAUCCAGAGAGACAUUUUCAAGCAGAAAGUCAUAACAAAAGUGAACCUGGGACUGACAAACGAGGUGAUUCAAACAGUCCAAAAAAACACCAGUCUGUGGGAAACACUGAAUACAACUCACCAAAGACGGGUGUGAAACUGCACAGCUGCUCCCAGUGCGGUAAAGAAUACAAACAGAAACAGAAGCUGACCACACACAUGCUCAUUCACACAGGAGAGAAACCAUUCAGCUGCUCUGAAUGUGGUUCAAGAUUUAUUAGUAAAGAAAACAUGAUUACACACAUGAGAACUCACACAGAAGAGAAACAGUUUCACUGCCCUCAGUGCGGGAAAGCAUUUACGAGUAAAGGGAAUGUGACCAGACACUUAAGAAUUCACACAGAGGAGAAAGACUUUGACUGUCCUGAGUGUGGGAAAAGAUUUAACAUGAAAGCAAAUAUGAUCCGACACAUGAGGACUCACACAGGAGAGAAAAGUUGGAGCUGCCCGGACUGUGGGAAAAGAUUCACCCAAAAAACACAUCUGGACAUACACAUGAGAACUCACACCGGAGAGAAACCUUUCAGCUGCUCUGAGUGUGGUAAAAGAUUUAAUCAGAAAGGAUCUCUGAACAUUCACAUGAGAAUUCACACAGAUGAGAAACCCUUCAGCUGCCCUGACUGCGGUAAAAAGUUUAACCAAAAAGGAUAUUUUCAUAUCCACGUUAGAAAUCACCAAGGAGACAAAACCUACAGCUGCUCUGAGUGUGAUAAACGAUUCGUCCAAAAGUCGAGUCUCACACGCCACUUCAUGGCCCACCACGGCAAAGAGAAACCAUUUGGCUGCCCUGAGUGUCGUAAAAGGUUUAACUUUAGAGGGAAUCUUAUCAAACAUUUGAGAACUCACACAGGAGAGAAAUGUUACACCUGCUCAGAAUGUGGUCAAGGAUUUAGUCAGAAGGAAAAUCUAACGGCACAUCUGAGAAUUCACACGGGAGAGAAACCCUUCAGCUGCUCUGAGUGUGGGGAAAAGUUCAUCCGCAUGGCUCGUCUAACAGCUCACAUGGCCACUCACGGUGGGGAGAAACCCUUCAGCUGCUCCGAGUUUGGCUUUUCUUCACCCUGUCAGAUCAAAUUUCACGAAUGUGUUGGCAUUCGGGUUCCAGAACUGGAUCAGAACCAAGCUCAGGACCAAAGAGAGGAAGAAAGGAGAGCUGAUGGAGAGGACUGUGGACCAGAACCAGUCAGGAACCUGAAUCCAGACAGACAUCAUCAACAAGCAGCUGAGGUGAAAACUGAAGAAUCUCAGACUGAGGACACUUCCACAGACUGGAUCAUGGUUCAGAUUUGAUUCUUUAGAAUGAUUCGGUUCUUAUCAGGGAUAUGAAAACUCAUCCCGGUAAGAAUCCUGUUAACGAUUUAUUUUUUAAUUUGUUGUGUUUUUGUCUGCAUGAAUUUCAAAGGUUUUAUACAGCAGAGGUCGUUUUAAAUACUCAUUACACUAAUAUAAUCAUGUAUUCUGGAGUAGAUUUUUGGUCCAAGUUCAAACUGAGAAGAACUUGAUGUUGUUUAUUAAUUUUAUGUCCCCAUGAGGCCUGAAAAAAAACUAAUUCUUAUUCUCUCAAAAAGUGGAGCUUUGAUCAGUUAUUCCAUUAGGAUUUUGAGGUAAAACACUCUCAUCUGUCAAAAAGCAGAUUUAAUGAGAGGGACGUUGGUACAAUGUUGACUAGACUAAACAAAAUAUUUCAUAUGUUAACAUCUACGAAGAAAAAGUUAAAAUAUUAUUCCUUUUUAUGUGUGUGUGUGUGUGUGUGUGUGUGUGUGUGUGUGUGUGUGUUUGAACCUCCAGCUGCAGCCGUCAGUUCAGUUUCACUUCAGUCUGACUGAGGGAGGUUUUUGUACGACGCUUUUUCACUGUGUGAACACAUGCUGACUAUUGAUGUAGUGUUCACUCUGACAGUAAUAAACUGCUGCAUCUUCAGUCUGGACUCCACUGAUGGUCAGAGUGAAACUAGAUCCUGAUCCACUGCCUGAAAAACGACUCGAUGUCCCUGAUAGUCGACUAUUCGCACCAUAAAUGAGCAGUUUAGGAGUUUCUCCAUCCCUCUGUUGGUACCAGGAUAAAAGGUGAUAGCUGCUAUAAACAUGCACAUUCUGACUGGUCCUACAUGAGAUGGUGACGGUUCCUCCUGGAGCAGAGGUCACAGCUGCAGGCUGAGUCACUGUGACCUGUCCUCUGGACUCUGAGGACACAGAGACAAAGACAGAAAGCAGCGUCAUGGUUUUGUGGGCUUCAUUUCAGAGGGACGGAUGUUCAUGGAGGAGAGGAGUUGGAUUCUCUGGACUUUACCUGUGAAGCAGCAGCAGAGGAGAGUCCAGAUGAGGACGCAGAUCACAGUCAUGUUUCUGAUCAGGAGGAGGAUUUCUGUGUCUUCUGUUGUGAUGAAGGACAGCUGUCAGUCAUCCAACCUUCAACUCUCAGGACUAUAAAGUCUCCCAGAGCACUGGAGCAUGCUGCUGCUCAUGCAAACUCACUCUCUAUGGAAAUGAUUUAUGUCAAUCCAUUGAUAAACCACUAAAGGUAUUGAUUGGAAAUGGUUGUUUUUGAUUCCAUGUGACUUGAUUUCAGUUUGAUGCUUACAGAAAAACUCGGUCCACUUCCUGUCCGUCUCUGUCGGUGAUUUACUGAAGAACAAUAUCUAAUCAAAAAUGUGCAAAAUGAAGUUAACAGAGUUUUUAGGAGAUUAAACUCGACAGUUAGUGAAUAAAGUAACUCAAUCUGUUGAAUUAGUUUAUUUCCUAAUAGUUUGUCUGAUGACAGUAAUAAAAAUCCUCUGUUAGAA